UGAGUGUCGUAAACCAGGUGCGGAGAAAGGGAGGUGAAGGGGAGGUGUGAGGGAGGGAGGAGGGAGGGAGGUAGGGGGUGAGAGAGGAGGUGACUCUCCGACAAGCAUUUAGACACAACGAAAGGAUCAUGGCGGAUGGCCCCAGGUGUAAGCGCAGAAAGCAGGCGAACCCGAGGAGGAACAACGUCACUAACUACAAUAAUGUGGUGGAGGGCGGCUCAGAGUCCGAUGAUGAAGACAAGCUGCACAUUGUGGAGGAGGAAGGCGCCCUGGCAGACGGAGCCGACUGCAACAGCACCCUGCCAGAUGAAGAGCAUCCCAGGGAGCCCUGCUGGAACCGUGUGAAGGAGGAUUGCGUGUCAGAUGGCGAGGACAAUGUUAGCACAAACGCCCUGGUGGAGGAGAUGCUCCAGCAGGGAGACACAGCCGUCAUUUACCCAGAAGCCCCUGAGGAAGAGCUGCAACGGCAGGGCACGCCUGAAGCCAGCAUACCCGACGAGAACGGAACUCCAGACUCCUUCUCCCAGCUGCUCACCUGCCCUUACUGCACUCGAGGCUACAAGCGCUACAGCUCCCUGAAGGAGCACAUCAAAUACCGACACGAGAGGACGGAGGACAGCUUCAGCUGCCCGGAGUGCAACUACAGUUUCACAUACCGCGCUCAACUAGAGAGACACAUGACGGUCCACAAGGGCGGACAGAGACACAUCACGCAGUCGGGUGGCAAUCGUAAAUUCAAGUGCACUGAGUGUGGCAAGGCCUUUAAAUACAAGCACCAUCUGAAGGAGCACCUACGCAUCCACAGUGGAGAGAAACCGUACGAGUGCUCCAACUGCAAGAAGAGGUUCUCCCACUCAGGUUCAUACAGCUCCCACAUCAGCAGUAAGAAGUGCAUCAGCGUCGUCUCAGUCAACGGGAGACCUCGCUUAGGGAACGCCAAAGCCCAGACCCAGGUUCCAUCAUCAGCGCUGCCUACACCACCGUCAGGACUCCGCACUCAGAUUAGAGAGAAGCUGGAUCACAGCAAACCCCUACAGGAACAGAUUCCACUAAACCAGAUCAAGACCGAGCCUGUGGAUUACGAGUACAAGCCGGCAGUGAUGACGUCCCCGCCCGUGGCCGCCAUGAAUGGUGGAGUUUUUAACGGAGGUGCUGCCGCUCCUCUUCAAGGCACAGUGCAAGCUGUGGUUCUGCCCACAGUGGGGCUGGUGUCGCCCAUCAGCAUCAACUUGUCGGAUCUGCAGAACGCUCUCAAGGUGGCAGUGGAUGGUAACGUCAUACGUCAGGUGCUGGAGAACAACACCAAAUGCCAGGGGCAACUGAACUCUGGGUUAACCACUGGAAUGCUCCCCCCACAGCAGCAGCUCAUCUCAGCCAUCAGUCUGCCCAUCGUGGGACAGGACGGAAAUGCAAAAAUCAUCAUAAACUACAGUUUGGAUCAGGGCCAUGUUACACCCCAAAACCUGAAGAAAGAGCCCGACUCUCCAGGUCAAACCACCACUGAUACCUUCAAGUCCCAGAAACUCCCAGAGGACUUGACGAUGAGACGGCCCAGGUCCAAUGAAACGAAAGAAAAAGAGGAACUGACCACUAAUAGUUGUCUCCUGUGUGAUAACUGUCCCAGCGGGCUGGAAGGACUCCAUGCCCUCAAGCACUGCAAAAAAGAAGGUCUUAAGAUGAAUGGAGUCGGCCUGGGGAAGUCUGAGUCUGCUGUGGCCGCUCUGUUGUCAGAGGGAGGACUCUGCAAGCAGCCCAAAAACCUCCUGUCCCUGCUCAAGGCCUACUUCGCCUUAAAUGCAGAACCUAACAAAGAUGAGCUGGCCAAGAUCUCAGACUCAGUCAGCCUGCCAGUGCACGUGGUUGAGAAGUGGUUUGACAAAAUGCAGGAAGGACAGAUAUCCCUGGGUGCUCCGACGCCUCCCUCAGAGGAAGAGGACGCCUGUGAAGCUAACAGCGUGGUUUCACUGGUCCCAGGGAAGGACACGUCCACUAGGAUUUCUUCAGUGACCCAGGGAAGCCCUACAGAGGCAUCCCCAGCAGAGGUCAACGGCGCCCACCGCUCGCCGGCCUCCUCCUCUCCACUCAACCCCAGGGCUGCUAGUCCAACAUCAGCUCAGCCGGCCCCGGGCUCUGAGGGACCCCUUGACCUGUCACUGCCAAAGCCAACAAGAGAGGAGGUGGAGCAGACGGUGGCCAACGCCAGCAUUUACUGCUCGCCCUCCUCCCAGUCUACCAGUGAAGACGAACCCCUGAACUUAACUUGCACAAAGAAAGACGCCUUGCCACUCUCAGCCAUGGCCAACAGUCCUGUCACACUGUACGCCAGCCAGCCAAGUGCCAAACCCCUCGAUAUAGUGACCACAAUGCAAUGCUUAAGGGCUCUCGCCACCAAUAACAAACAGACUAUACUGAUCCCACAGCUGGCUUACACCUAUACCACUACAGCAAACAGCCCUGCAGGGACAGAGAUGCACGAAACCAUCCACCUCAAUGGAAUCAAGGAGGAGAAACCAGACACGGGCUCCGAGGGAUUGUCCACUGUUGAGGAGCAGAAUGACUCCGACUCAGGUCCCGCGAGAAAGAAGAUGAAGAAGACGGACGGCGGCAUGUACGCCUGUGACCUGUGCGACAAGAUCUUCCAGAAGAGCAGCUCGCUGCUAAGACACAAAUAUGAACACACAGGGAAGCGACCUCACGAGUGCAGCAUCUGCAGCAAGGCCUUUAAACACAAACACCACUUGAUCGAACACAUGCGGCUGCAUUCAGGGGAGAAACCGUACCAGUGUGACAAGUGCGGCAAGCGCUUCUCGCACUCGGGCUCCUACUCCCAACACAUGAACCACCGUUACUCCUACUGCAAAAAGGAGACGCAGAACCAGGGAGGCGCAGAGAGUCCCGAGGCGUACGGCGAGGUCCAGGCCGACCUGAGCCAGGUGCAGAUAGAACGCAUGGUUCCCUCCCGGCUGGAUUUGGACGAGCAAGGAAGCAGCACAAGGGAGGAUGAGGAGAGCGAGGAAGAGGAGGAGGAUGAGGAGGAAGGAGCAGUGGACAUGGAUGACAUCCAGGUGGUGCAGAUAGGGGAUGAGGAGGUGGAGCCAGAAGACAAAAAUGAGGAGGAGGAUGGUGAUAGAGUAGAGGCUGAAGAGCGGGACGAGGAGGAGGAGAAAAUGGAGGUGAAAAUGAAACAGGCGGAAGAGGAGGCUGACACAAGGCAGGAGGAGGUGCUCAAGAAGGGUCAGGAAGAGAAUGAAGUCGAGAUGGAGGAAGAGGGGAUGAUUGAUUCAGAGGCAGGGGUGACGGAUGAGGGAAAGGCACACGGGGAGGUCACGGAGGAGAGCGGAGGUGAAACAAACAGGAACACGGUUCCUGAAGACGAGGUCCAGAUGCUGCAGAAGAAAGGAGAGACUGACUGAAAGAGAAACCAGACUCCUUCUUGAAACCCAAUCAGAUUCUUCCUCUCCUGGUGCAGAGGCAGAACGCAGGAGACAACUAUUGGUCACUCUGACAGUUUGUUUCAGUUCACUACUGUGUAAAAAAAAUCCAGGUGUGCCUGAAAAAAAAAAAUUUACUCGUGACUUUUCCACAGGAGAACAGUUUCUCCCUGUUUGCAAAAUGAAAUCCAUUUGUAAAGAAAAAAAGGAAAAAAAAAA